GAUAAGUCGCGUUUGCUUCCUUGAAAACAAACUGCAGAAGAAGAAGACUUUUUAAUCUUAUUUCACUGAGGUAGAUAGAUUCAAACGAAGUCGACCUUAGGGUGAAAGAUGGAAAAGAUUGAGAGUGAAAGAUAGAUGAAGAAGGAUACAUUUCCAUCGACGCUCUCGUAAAAUUUUACAAAAAAUGUUUCAGGGCGUGACAUCACUUUGACCGUAACUUUGUAGGAAGAUUGGGCAAGUUUGAUUCGCGUUUGUGAAUGAAUUUUACCUCAUAUAUAGAUACGUAGGCGAGGAGACCGCGAGAAUUUUUUUACAGCAUACUUAAUUAAUUUGUAUUACCCUUCCAUCAUCAAAUGGAGGAGUUUACUGGUUGUAAUUGCUCAGCUGGUGUCUACAAUAAAUAAUACGCGUGACAGCACACGUGGGUCGGCUUUCAAUAGAUUUAUGAAAGAGCCCGUCGACAAAGCUUUUGCAAGUUUUAUUCACUCAACAAAUGUCCCUGCCUGACUCACGCAGUCAGAGAAUACACUCUCCUCCCUUCAAAAUAUACGUUAAAAAAUCACAAGUUUUCCCCACCUUGUGUAAAGUAUUUAUGAGGUUCUGGUAGCUAAAUAGAUAAAGAAAACAUCUUCACUGAGACUAAAGCAUUGCUAGGUAACGAUAUGAUAGCGUCCUCUGCAUGGUCGAGUAUGAAAAAAUUGAGCUACAUUGUUUCCUGUGGAUCGGCUGACAACUGAGUGUCAUUAAUUUGCUAAGAGGUUAGAAAACAACAAAACAGAAUUAACUUCUAAAGUAACUUGUUAUCACAAGUACGAUAUAGUUUUAUUGAGCUGUCAAGGGCAGUUGUCAUUGGAAGCUUUUCAAAUCCGCAGCACAGCUAAAAUCUUAGUUUCUCGUCGCAAAAAUGUCUUUGGAGGGUAGUAUGAGGCAUUAUUUGGAGUCAGUCGGACUGCGAGAGAUUUGCCUUCAAUUGGAGGGUCACGGAUUUAACCAACUUAGUGAUAUCUUGAGUAUGGAUGACGAAGAUCUUGCUGCUGUAAUUCCUGACGACGAAUCAAAGAAGAAGUUUAAGACAACACUCCAUCAAGACGGGAGACUUAUGAAAAUUUGGCUGGACUCUCUGGGCCUUGGUCAGUAUUAUGAGCAGUUCCAGGCCUCUGGAUUGACAAGUUUGGCCCGAUGCUCUGGUCUGAGCCUGCGGUCUCUGGACGGCGUAAAUUUUAACCUCCCAGGACACAAAAAGAGGGUGUUCAGAGAAGCUCAGAGCCUGCUGGGUUACGGAACAGUAAUGGCAGAGGGAGCCUGGGAAGAGCAUGAGCAGUUGAGGGGUGGAAGGUUCGGUAAAUUUCUUUGUCUCACAGCUGACAUUUUUGCCCGUGAUCCGCAAGAUAAGCGGGAUAACCCGAAUGAAGGCGCUGCUGCUGUCCCACACCGGAGGGUGAAGUUUAUGGUGGAUUCUGGAAGUGACAUUGUCACACUAGAUGAUGACAUCAUCAAGGAAUUGCAGCUGCCUGUUAAGGGUUGUGCAAAGCAGGAAGUGCCAGGAGGACAGAUACAGGAAAAGCCUUUAUACAGCGCCUGUCUUGGAAUUGGCGGAAAAAUGCUGAACGUCGAGGUACUUCCAGACAAUGUUAGCACUUUGGGAACUCCAGUGCUCUGGGAAUUCCGUCAUCGCAUCGAUGGAGAAAAACAUUUGUGGCUCUCCAAAGCUGACGAGUUUGGCAUCAAAUCAUAAAGGGUUCAGCACUCUUGUCAUUUAGCUUUCCAUCUCUUUAUAUUCUUAGGCUUUGAAAAAGUUUUUUUUUUACCUUACAUCUGUUAUUAAGACAGUCUAGCAUGCUUCCAAAAUAUAGUUGUAUGACUAUAAAUGAGGCUCAUGGAACGUGAAUUCCUGCGAUGUUUUAAAACUGACAUAGCUGUAGUAUAGUACUUAUUAUUUACUGUUGUCAGUGUCUUUCAUACGUUCGUAUAGAAUUGAAAUAUACUUAUUUUCUUGCAA